GUAGCACACAGAGCCAGAGUCUCACCCACAUCCAUCGGCGGUCCUUAAGCACGUGCCAAACGAACGAAAACGCACGCAGUGGACCAAGAGCGAACGAGCAAUUUCCGCUAAAUCAGGCGGAAUCGCCGGUGUUCGCGUUCGUCCGCGUGAACAACAACCACCGAGCCUGAAGUUAAUCAGUGUGCACUUUGUUUGCUCUUACAGAGGUAUUUUGUUGUUCAUCUUUGUCUUAUUUCAGUUACCGUUUUUUAUCGCCUCGUCCAACGCUCGAGUGGACAAAUACCCAUUAAUAAAUCGAACUUUUUGGACAUAAAUAUUUUCAACAGAGUGCUUUCCCGGUAGCUACUCAGUUUUCUAAAAUUAGAGUGAGUUUUGUGAACAGUGAUCGUUGCGACGGAUUUUUUUUAACUUUUCCGGGAAUUAAGACUCUUGUGCUUUAGGUGAAACAUGUUUCAGGAAAUUUAAGAGGCAAAGCUAAACUUUGCUUUUCAACCUGGGAGCCACGUCAGGUCCUACGGCCCCGUCGCCGGGCGGUGGUUUUACCAGUGUACUAAACGCCGCAAAAACGUUGUCCUUACGCGAAUCCACGUGUGCAGAGGCUUUCUGGAAGAUGCCCCAUAAAGAAGAAGACCUUAUGCACCAUGCUUCGAUGGGCCAGAGUACGAUUUUCACUCACGCGGCUGGUCACAGUGGCAUCAACCAGCUGGGGGGCGUCUAUGUGAACGGCCGUCCUUUGCCGGACUCCACGCGCCAGAAGAUCGUCGAGUUGGCUCAUUCGGGCGCGCGUCCCUGCGACAUUUCGCGCAUCCUGCAGGUCUCGAAUGGCUGUGUCUCAAAGAUCUUAGGAAGGUAUUACGAGACCGGAUCCAUUAAACCGAGAGCGAUCGGCGGAUCCAAACCGCGAGUUGCUACCGCGCCCGUCGUCAACAAAAUUGCCGAGUACAAACGGGAGUGUCCGUCGAUUUUUGCGUGGGAAAUAAGGGACCGGCUCCUGUCGGAAGGAGUCUGCAAUAACGACAACAUCCCAAGCGUUUCGUCAAUUAAUCGGGUACUUAGGAAUUUGGCAUCUCAAAAGGAGCAACAGGCUUCGCAGCAGAACGAAUCAGUAUACGACAAAUUGCGGAUGUUCAAUGGGCAGGCUCCUGGAUGGGCCUGGUACCCUGGUACAACACCCACGCCGCAUCUAGGAUUGCCUCCAGCGCCCACCGCACUUACAACUCAAAUCACCCGAGACGACCAUCAAAAAAGAGUCGGCGGAAAGAAAGGGAAAAAGUGGAGAUUGUUACCGUGUCCAGCCACCGUGUGGUUUAGUAACAGAAGGGCGAAAUGGCGAAGAGAAGAAAAGUUACGGAACCAACGGAGGGCGGUGGAUCAAGUUGCUGUUAGUCCACCAGUUUCAACAGCGCGGCUGCCCAUCAAUUCUGGCUUUAAUUCUAUGUAUUCUUCAAUACCCCAGCCAAUCGCUACCAUGGCCGAUACCUACAGUUCGAUGUCCGGUAGCUUAAGCAGUAGCUGUCUGCAACAACGCGACCCUGGUGGCUACCCUUACAUGUUCCACGAUCCCUUACAUUCCUUAAGUUCGUCCUAUAAUUCCAGGGCGGUCGCGGCGGCGGCAGUAUGUAAUUCGGGAGUUCCACAGCCUACUAGUCAUCCGACCUAUGCCCCAGCCACCCCCACAUCGUCAGUUCCGGUUUCGACGGGUACAGGUGUAAUAUCUGCCGGGGUCUCGGUGCCAGUACAGAUUCCCAGUCAGGGUCCCGAUCUCACCUCGAACCUGGCCACCAAUUACUGGCCUCGUAUUCAGUGAUCUCAGCUUUUCGGGUUUCCGCCACCAAGGUUUCUCGUACCUUCCCAGGACAACGCCAGUUACGAGGGCCCUUCAGUGGCGGUUUCAAAUCCCGAAGAAUCAACAUAAAUUACCCGGUAAAUAAAAACAAUAAAGCUGCGCAUGUUUCUGGUAAAUAUCAAAUUUAAACUUGUUUAACGGAUAAUUCACCUACUUGUCCGUAAUGGCAAGUAUUCGUUUUUUUGUUUUUUUUUUUUUUUUGAAAAUGCUAUAUAAGUAUAUUACAACGCUGUAUAUACAUUUUAUAUUUCUGAGGUUGUCUUCUCAUUGAACAGCAGCGUAAAGGUGCGUAUACAUUAUCUGAGCACGAACACGUUCGAGGUAAGGCGAGGUGGAGCGAAGACAAUUCCGAAACUGUUCGAACUCCAUCCAUUUCAAACAGAAUUUGGUUUGAUAUGGACGGUAUUUGUACAUACAUUUACCCUGUCGUGUUGUUUAAAAAAAGAUCCCCAGUCAAAGCAUCUGUUUCGCCUCAUCUUGCCUCUAACAUGUUCGCGUAUGUUUUAUUGAAACUGAACGAAUCCAGCACUUCUAUUUAAUUUGAAAAUAGUUGAACGCGUCUAAUUUUAUGAACGAGACAAAUUUGAUAUUUUACCAAUUUUUCUAUUGCUAUUUAGAGACAGAAGAUGCGCUCCUUUAACAUGUAUGUAAACGAUGUAAAUAUGAUCUGCUGUAAUUUAAAUGUGUAUGUGAUUUUGUAGAAUUGUAUAAUACCGACGAAAUACCCGUAAGUACGUUCCACUUUAAGUAUUUAGUGGAAUACGCCCUGUUGCUUUAACAAUUAUCUGAAAUUUUCUGCAAUAAAUAAAAUGGAAUUAAAGCAAUAAGUAAUUGAACGCUACGUUUAUUUAUUAUGAUGUUAUAGCUUUAGUCAAUAACUGAUUUAAAACGAAGCCUAACUUUGCCAGACAAUCUUUGAGUUAGUAAUUAAAAAAAUUCGUAUAUUACCUGCAAUAAUUUUCAUCAUUUUACUUAUGUGAAAAUAAUGAUAAUCCGUAUACCAUGUACCUAUCUUAACUACAGUGACAUUAGAUUCAUUUAUACCCAAAUGGCAUAUGAUCUCCCGUUCUUAAAUAGAUGCAGGCUGUUCGAUGUAUACUGAUACAAAAAGGUCUGCAUGAUAAUUCUAUACAAUCAUAUUGAAGAUUUAUGCAUAACAUGCAUUGAACAGUUCGGUGUGCAAGGUUGGUCUUCAUAUUAACAACAAUUCACACGUUUAUUAAAGGCAAUACUUCUACUAUUAUUGCAACGCUUGGAUUUCAUUUGUUGUUCGUAUUAAUAUAUUCAUCAUUAUUAAUACUGGAUGUAUUUGUACAUAAUCAUUGCUGUGAUUGUUAUAGUAGCUAAGUAUGUAUUUCUUUUACAUUAGGAUUAUAGUACAAUAUUGUUAAUGUGUAGAAACGUAGCUG